GACUGAGUGAGUGACACACAAACACAAGCAGGUGGUGGGCAACCCAAGCACACACCUUGCUCUCUCUACCCAGAUAAACCCUUCACUUUCUCACCUCGGUUUUGGCUCAGCACUGAACCCCAGUGCUGGUUUGUGUGGCUCUCUUCUCGAUUUUGGCUAACUGGGUGCAACAUUGUUACAUGGUCGACUCGGUUUCGAAACGAUUUCAGUGAUAGGGAAGAGUGAUUACUAUGUGUUUUGCCGACUGAUUUCUAGUUCAGGAUAAAGAAAAUGGUCAAUAGUGGUGGUACCGGCAGUAACCAAGGGAUGUCAUCCAAGAAGAGACGAGAGAAGACUAAAGCAGUAGCUCUUUGUUGUACAAAGAAAAAGCCAGCUGAAGCUUCUCCAGGGAGUGUAAAUAAGCCUCUGAGUGAAAUACAUCCAGAGGCAUGUAGAAAACGCAGUGAACCUGAGCCGGCAGAGGCUAUGGCGGUUCAGCCUAAGGAAGAAUUGGAAAUGGGAGCCGAUGAAGGUAGAGAUUGGGAUGAUCCUAUUGCAUGCCAGCUUGAAGAACUAUUGUUGUCUUAUUUGCAAGCAAUUUUCCAGAGUGCAAUCAAGCGGAUUACUGAAUGUGGGUACAGUGAGGAGGUUGCUGUGAAGGCUGUUUCUAGAGGCGGCCUUUACAUAGGCGGUAAGGACUCUGUAUUGAACAUUGUAAAUGAUACUCUGGAAUUUCUCGAGGGAGGGAAGGAUACUGAUACUUCAAGAGAAAAUGAGUUUGAUAAUUUACAGCACCUGGUGGAGUACACGAUGCUAGAAAUGAUUAGUGUGCUUAGGGAGGUCAGGCCAUCCUUAUCAGUUGCAGAAGCAAUGUGGUGGUUAUUGAUAUGUGACCUAAACAUUUUGCUAGCGUGUACAAUGGAAGGAGAUCUAUCAAGUGUUCUUGCUUUUGAAGAAUCCUCAACAGAGAGCUCCCCUGAUUCUUCCUCUUCCCAAUUACAAUCAGAGGCAAAUAAUGAAACAAACCAUCCUAAUCCUAGCAAAGAAAAUUCCUCCAAGCCAUCACUUCCCAACUCUCAGAACCACCCUUCUCUCUCUGAAACAGUUAAAUUUGGAAAUUUAUCAAACUCUGCUAACCCUGAAACGCCAGAAGGCAAGGAGGAGAGUUUGUCAUCAAUGCUUGAUAGUUUGGAGAAAUGCUUGGGAUCCACAAGGGAUUAUGUCCUAUCUUCAUCUCAGACAUCUACCUCUGAAGAAAAAUCAGGAGCUAGUAGAAAGGGGCGGACCAAGGCAGAAUUAGCAGCACUUCGGAAGAGAUCCUUGCAGAUGGAGAGAAACUACAGGGCUUAUAGGUCAAAAGGAGGCUUCAAAUCAGGGAAGCUUGCUGCAUUUGGUAGUUUUCUUAUGGAAAGGAGGGCAAAGCCUCCAUCUGAUCUUCCUGAAGCUGGAACAAAAGAUUCCUCCUCAAAGGUUACUGUACCAGGAGGAACCAGUAAUCCAUCUGCUUCACCUGCAAGAGGUUGCUCCUCAACAGUACCUUCAAAAGGUACCACAUCUUCAUUGUCUUCUGUGGAUACCAAGCAGAAACAGAAGUCUGAUUCAGAAGAAAAAUCUGAAACUAAGACUCCAGUCUGCACCUCUGUUCCCCCCAAGACUGUUGAUUACUGUGCUGGCAUCCCAUAUGAUGAGACUUUAGGGAAGUAUGUCCCACAAGAUAAGAAGGAUGAGCUGAUUAUGAAGCUAGUUCCCCAGUUGCAGAAACUGCAGAAUGAGCUACAGAGUUGGACAGAGUGGGCCAAUGAGAAGGUUAUGCAGGUUUCUCGUAGACUUGGCAAAGAACGACCUGAACUUAAAGCACUGAGGCAAGAGAAGGAAGAAGCGGGAAAAUUUGAAAAAGAGAAACAAAUGCUGGAUGAGAAUACCAUGAAGAGGCUGUCUGAGAUGGAGCAUGCCUUGAAUAAUGCAUCCAGCCAGGUGGACGGUGCUAACGCAACUAUCUCUAGGCUUCAGGAGAACAAUUCCACUCUCAAGAAGCAGUUGAGUUCUGCCAAAAUACUGUCUAUAGAAUCAGCUGCUAACCUUCGAGAAGCAUUAGAGAGGGAGAAGAAAGCACUGAAAAAGGUCCAGGCAUGGGAGGGGCAGAAGAGUUCAUUGAAGGAGGAGCUUGAAACAAAAAAGAACAAGGUGGCUGUGUUGCAACAGGAUUUAGGCAAGGCAAAAAAUACUCUUCAACAAAUUGAGGCCAGAUGGAAGCGGGUGAUAAGGGAAAAGGAAAUAAUACUCGCACAGGCUGCCUCUAUGAGAAAUGAAAGAGAACAACUUGAAGCUUUGACAUUAGUGGAGGAGGCCAAGAUGAAACUCAAGGCAGAAGAUGAUAUGCAGAAGUAUGUGGAAGAGAUCAAAUUACUUGAGAGGAAGUUAUCUGAACUUCAAAUAGAAUCUGACUCCUCAAGAAUAGCAGCGCUAAGAAGGGAUGCUACUGGAAGCUUUGGGGCUGGCCUGGCAGACAGGAAAAAUGUGGUGGGUACUAAGGCAAACCAAAGUUCUACCGUCUCUAAGAAGUUAACAAAUUCCCGGGGGACUGAAAGUUUGAGACAGGACCGCGAGUGUGUGAUGUGCCUAUCUGAGGAGAUGUCAGUGGUGUUCCUCCCGUGCGCACAUCAGGUCUUGUGUGCAACAUGCAAUGAGCUGCAUCUGAAACAAGGAAUGAAGGACUGCCCUUCAUGUAGAGCUUUAAUUCAGCGAAGGAUUAAAGUGCAAUAUGCUCGUCCAUAGUGUGUGAACCACACU